AUGGACGAUCUAUCGUACAAACAAAUAAAUGUAUUGACAUAUGACUUAUCAGUUAAAGACUAUACAAAAGUUAUUAAUCAAACGUUUAACAUAGGAGCAUUAAAACGUAAGUUACAUGAAUAUAUUGGACAUAAAAGAAAUAUAGAUGAUGUAUUUCCAAUUCAUUGUCGUUUAAAGCUGUAUAUUAUUGAAAGUCAAAUAAGCAAGCUUGAGAAUAACAAUUUAAAAUCUCUAAAUAUUUUACAUAAAGCAUUAUUGUGUCAUACUGUUGAUGAUGUUAUUGAAGCUAUUAUUUGGUUAUUAAAAAAUAAUUAUUAUCAUCAGACAAUUAUUCAAACAUUAAUAGGUGAUAUAUCAAAAUGGAAUACAACGGAGCUGUCUAAUGCAUUAAUCGUUGAUAUUAAUCUACCAAAAAUUUGUGUACAUUACAAAGACUUUGUAUCAAGUCCUCACUUAAAAAUGAUAAGAAAAUAUGAAACAUCCAUAACUAAACGAUUGGAUAUUGAUCAUUUGAGUGCGGGCCUAUCCUAUAUUGACAUGUGUAUGGCUGUUGGAGGAGAUCCAACAUGUGUAGCAUCAAAUUUUAUUUUAGCCGCAAUUUGUUUUUAUGAAUUAAUGAAGAAAUGUGUCGAUGCCGAUAAAGCUUAUGCAUAUAGAAAUGUUAUUAAUGAUCUUUCUAUACAAAGUUUUUUUUUGUCCAGGCGUUAUUUGCCACCACAUAUGCAGAUCUAUAUUUGUAAAUUGGCAUUUACAUUAAUGACAAAAACUAGUCAAUUAUUUAAAAGAUAUGUGACUCUGACACCGCUAACACUAUCAUCAAACAAAACUCAAUCAAAACAACUCCUUGUAACAAAGCAACAGAGUUUAAUUCUUAGUGAACUGUUAAAAAAUAUUGUUAAUAGUGCAAAAAUAUCUCCAUUUAUUCAACUGCCCACUUCCCUAAGCUAUGAUACAUUAUAUUUAGAAUUAACUGGACAAAAGUUUUUAACAAAAUUUUUAAAUAAAAUGGCAAACCAUAAGCGACAACAGGAAUUGUUUCCAGCUCAUCUUUAUCAACAAAACACACGAUAA